UGGCUGAGUCUUCGUACACCAGGCCCGCAUCCCUCCCGCUGGCUGAGAUCCUUUCGGCAGAGAUGAGCAGGUUGAGGCACAGAAGCAUGAAGCAGUUUGUUGCCCAGGGGCACACGGCGACCAGACGGGGCAUGUGUGUACGUCUGCACACUUGGUGGUUUGGGUUUUCAUCUUUUUUCUUCCGCUGCCACGUUUCUCUUUCUGCGAGGGUGAUGCGCUCGUGGCCACGCGUAGUCUGACCUUUUAAAGACUUGGAUUCCCCCAAAGAGGAAACAUUUUAAAGGAACACGAGAUGUAGAAGAAGUCUUCAUGCAUGUCCCCGAGGAUGGAAUGCCAACCUGUCCCUCACUGAGACCAUGAUCCCUUCUAAUCUCUUGGAUGUUUCUGUGUUCUCCUGCAAGAAUUCUUCCACUUCAUCGUGUGCCAUGGGAAAAACCUGAAGGACAGGCAGCAUUGUUCCCAAACUUGUGGCUUUUUCUAAGGCUUCAGUGGCUGUUACAGAACAUGACAAUUGGAGAUCACUUCUUUUUGUUGUCUUUCAGAGUUGAACCAAAGAAGGCACUUCCUCAUUGUCUAGAGCUUUGGUGCCUGCUCGUUUUUAUAUUUGUUUCCAUUGCUUGUGCCUUAAAACCAUCUUAUGUAAUCAAAAGACAUCCUUGAAAGUUUUCCAGCACCACUUGCACGCAUCUGGGCUCCGCGGGGGCUCUCCCAUGGCUCUGUGGGCCAGAAGUCCAAGGGCAUUACCAUGAGGCACUGCAUCAAUUGCUGCAUACAGUUUUUGCCCCACAACGAGCAAAAACAGCAGGUUGGCUGCGGAGGAGGCCCCCUUGACGGUCACCCGGAGUGCCCUGCGUGCAAAGGAGAGAAUAAAAUUGUGCUUCGUGUGGACGGUAAGCAGAUGAACUUGCUUGCUGUUCUCGAGGUGAGGGCUGAGGGGAAUGAGAGCUGGGGCAGGUUUCUGCGCUUCAAGAAGGGGAAGCGAUGUAGCCUCGUUUUCGGAGUGAUGAUCAUGACCUUGGUGAUGGCCUCUUACAUCCUUUCUGGAGCUCACCAAGAGCUUCUCAUCUCCUCGCCUUUCCAUUACGGAGCCUUCCCCAGCAAUCCCAGCUUGAUGGAUGGUGAAAGCCCAAGUGACACAAAAGAGCAUCAUCACCAGCCCCCUGUAAAUAAUAUUUCAUACGUGAAAGACUACCCAAGCAUUAAAUUAAUUAUCAACAGCAUCACGACCAGGAUAGAGUUCACCACCAGGCAGCUCCCCGACAUAGAAGAUCUCAAGAAGCAAGAAUUGCAUAUGUUUUCAGUAAUCCCCAAUAAAUUUCUUCCAAAUAGCAAGAGCCCCUGUUGGUACGAGGAGUUCACGGGUAGGAACACCACCGACCCCUACCUGACCAACUCCUACGUGCUCUACUCCAAGCGCUUCCGCUCCACCUUCGACGCCCUGCGCAAGGCCUUCUGGGGCCAUUUGUCCCACGCCAGCGGGAAGCACUUCCGCCUCCGCUGCCUGCCGCGCUUCUACAUCAUCGGGCAGCCCAAGUGCGGCACCACCGACCUCUACGACCGCCUCCGGCUGCACCCGGAAGUCAAGUUCUCCGCCAUCAAGGAGCCCCACUGGUGGACCCGGAAGCGCUUUGGAAUUGUCCGCCUGAGAGAUGGGCUUCGGGACCGCUACCCCGUGGAAGAUUACCUGGACCUCUUUGACCUGGCUGCACACCAGAUUCAUCAAGGACUGCAGGCCAGCUCUGCAAAGGAACAGAGCAGGAUGACGGGGAUCAUCAUCGGGGAGGCCAGUGCCUCCACUAUGUGGGACAACAAUGCCUGGAGCUUCUUCUACGACAACAGCACAGAUGGGGAGCCGCCCUUCCUGACCCAGGACUUCAUCCACGCCUUCCAGCCAGACGCCAAGCUGAUCGUCAUGCUCAGGGACCCCGUGGAGAGGUUGUACUCCGACUACCUCUACUUUGCAAGUUCGAAUAAAUCUGCUGAUGACUUCCAUGAGAAAGUGACGGAAGCGCUGCAGCUGUUUGAAAAUUGCAUGCUCGAGUUCUCCCUGCGCGCCUGCGUCUACAACAACACCCUCAACAACGCCAUGCCUGUGCGGCUCCAGGUCGGUCUGUAUGCCGUGUAUCUUCUGGACUGGCUCACCGUCUUUAAUAAAGAGCAGUUCCUCAUUCUCCGCCUCGAAGACCAUGCAUCCAACGUCAAAUACACCAUGCACCGGGUCUUCCAGUUUCUCAACCUCGGGCCCCUAGGGGAGAAACAAGAAACCCUGAUGACCAAGAGCCCCGCGUCCAAUGCGCGGCGCCCCGAGGACCGGAACCUGGGGCCCAUGUGGCCGGUCACCCAGAGGAUCCUGCAGGACUUCUACGGGCCCUUCAACGCCAGGCUGGCCCAGGUGCUCGCCGAUGAAGCAUUCGCCUGGAAGAAGACCUGAGGGCCGCGGCCCCUGCGGUUUCCACUGUCACCGUGAUUUAAAAAUCUCUCUUUGGGGCGGGGGUGCCUUUUACUCAGCAGCGUGGAGAAAACCCCAAGAUUCUUCUCCUUCCCCUCCCUUGGCACGUGUUUCAUAUAAUCGUUUGUGGUGUGAGCCCCUCAGCUGAGCCUACACAGGCCUCCCCGUCCCAGGCCACCCAAGAGGAUGCUCGAACCGCUCCCUCCUGCGGCACAGCAGCCUUAGUGGGGGGCGGGGGCGGGGGCGGGAAGGAAGUGUGACUGCGGGGGGCUGACCGUGUGGGAUCCAAGUGAGUGCGCUGGAGGUCAAGUCAUCACACUGGAGGUCACACCAUCACACUAGAGGUCACGUCGCCACGCGGGAGGUCACGUCACACGGGAGGUCACGUUGCCAUGCGGGAGGUCACGUUGCCACGCUGGAGGUCACACCGGCGUUGUCAGAGUUACACUUCCAUUCGGUUCUGAAACACUGCUCAGGUCAAUGCUUUCAUCUGGGCAGAGAAUGGAGAGACUCCUUUUUUCUCUUCUCCUCCUAAGUCCGCCCUUUAUUCUCUUCAGAUCUAAACCUUGUUAAUUUCACUUUUUAUGAACGAGGAAAAGAAAGUCCAUCUUUGUAGCACACUCAUCUCAGACCCCUCCCAUCCUGUCCUGGUGUAACUUAUGUUUAACCAGAACGCGAAUGUUUCAGACAAACCA